AUGACUAUCUCCCAUUACGGUGUCUGGGCUUGUACCCCUACCAGCUACGAAGCUCAAACCACAGAGGAAGACCCCAAGUCUCCUCACAUCUACCUCCACUUCACCGAUGGUUCCUCUUCUAGCAAGUCACUCGAAGCCGCCAUCAACGUCAAGUCCACUGAUUCAGACUCCCGCCUCGUGUACUGGCUGAACCGCAACUUCACACACCCCGUCACCGAACAGCUAUCCAACCUUGACCUCGGUUUCCACCUCACUUCGUCGCCGAGUAGCAGCAGCGAGAGCAACAAGAGCGAGAGCAACAACCGUCACCGUCACCGUCACCGUCAAGGGCACGUUCGUCGCGACCAGGCCACCCUCCAGGGAUUGGACUUCAUUCGCACAGCAAACCUGGUGGAUAUCAACUCGGGAGAGAUUCUUGGUAGCGAUGGCUCCGACGCUAGCAUUUUGGCCGACCUGGACCCGAUCAUCUCCGAUGCGAUCAACCAGAAGGCGACUGCUUAUAUUUUCGGGUCUUCUUAUGGGUCUGGCAUUCACGAUAUCCACAUGAAUCAGGGUAGUUUGCCGAGUUACGCCAAUGGCAUCUAUGAGGAUGGAGCGCUGUUGUUCAAGUUUGAUGAUGGUCACUGGGAGGCGGUUUUCUUGGCUUUUGCUUCGCAGAAGAUUCCUACCGAUGACCAGGGAGAGUAUGAGGCGAACAGCAAGUCGUUGGCCUCUAUUCUGGGUGCGAGCGAAUAG